CGUCAUUUUUCUGCAAGCCGGUGCUCGCAGUUGUGCGCGCGCGUUCAUCACGCUUCAAUUUCUCGUCAAAUAAAUUGUGAUUUGAGAAAAGUGUUGCUAUUUAAACAUGGUGAAUAGCCCUUUGACGUGGAAACAAAUUUGCUGUCCCAAACGUCAGUUAACCAAGUCGACUACCAUCAGCUCCUAUUCAACAUAACAAGAAACUACUUUGCAACAACAGCAACAACAACAAUACUAACUUCACUCAAUCAACAACAACAACAAGACGAAUAACAGGAAAGGAAAACUUACUUUAAGUUUUUCAUUCGAUUCCAACUAGAGCUUUGGAAUUUCGUCGUUAGUUAUAGAUCGAAAGAGAGAGAGAUAGAGAGAGAGCGCGAGCAAGACAGUCGGAGGGGGUGCAAAGUUUUUAUUAUUUUAUACUUAAUAUAAUCUAUUCUAAUCAGUAUUUAGUGUCCAGUCCAGUUUAGCACUAAGUUUUGUGUUUAGGCUAACGUAAUUUAUUGCAUACUUUUAGGCAGGUCGCGCUGAGCAUUCAGCUUCAGCUUGAGGGAGGGAAGGGCUCACAGAGGACGUCAGGUGUUUUCGCUCAGAUUACAGCGUAUCCUCAAUUCGGUGUGCUGCACGCGUCUACUUCAGUUUUUCAUUAUGAAAAUAACAACAAUGAAGUCUAAGCGCAAAUAUGGCUGUUUAGAGAAUAUUUGAAAAGAACUUUUCAAUUAUUAAUAAUUAAGAUUAUUUUUCCGUAUAUCAUUUAUUAUUGUAGUAUUGUAUUUUAUAGUUUUCCCCAAGAGCACUAAUUUUCUUUGCACAAAAUUCGUAAUAUUUCAUUUCCUCUACAUCACACAACACUAUAAUAAUUUCAUUAAAUUUUCAAUAUUUAACACUAGUUAAAGAGUUCCAAGAACAGUCCGACAGACAGACAGACAGACAGCGAGACGGUUAGGCUGUGUGAAUAGGGGCUAGAGUUGUUUGUUGUGUUUUUGUUUCCCUUGCGAAAAAGUGAGUUUGUUGUAAUCAUGGAGAGCUAUUCAGCGGAUCUGCUAUGGAUGGUAAUCAUUGGCUUUCUCAUUGCCUUCGUCUUGGCCUUUGGCAUCGGCGCCAACGACGUGGCCAACUCCUUUGGCACUAGCGUCGGCUCUGGCGUUCUGACCAUACGUCAGGCUUGCGUCUUGGCCACCGUCUGCGAAAUUUCGGGCGCUGUUUUAAUUGGCUACAAGGUGUCGGAUACAAUGCGAAAGGGCAUUCUGGAGGUGAGCCUGUACGAGGGCGCCGAGGAGGUGCUCAUGCUGGGCUGCAUGUCCGCGUUGGCGAGCAGCGCCAUCUGGCUGCUGGUGGCGACAUUUCUGAAGCUGCCCAUUUCGGGAACGCACAGCAUUGUGGGCUCCACCAUUGGCUUCUCGCUGGUGGCCCGCGGCGUGCAGGGCUUGAAGUGGUCGACGCUGUGCACGAUCGUUGGCUCGUGGUUCAUUUCGCCAGUGAUGAGCGGCUUCGUCAGCAUUCUACUCUUUCUGGCCAUACGCCGCUUCAUCUUGCGCGCUCAGGAGCCACUCAAGGCGGGCUUCCGUUCGCUGCCCAUUUUCUACGGCGUUACGUUCUUCAUUAAUGUCAUCAGCGUGGUGCUGGAUGGGCCCAAAUUGCUCUAUAUGGAUAACAUUCCCACUUGGAUAGCGUUGAGCGUCAGCGUCGCACUCUCGCUGCUGGUGGCGCUCUUGACGCAGCUGGUGGUGGUGCCGCUGCAGCGACGCUCGAUUGCCAAGAAGUUGCGCGCCCAGAAUCCGGUCAAGUUCAAUUUCGAGGACUCUGUGGAGUCCUCGCCGUCCGGCAGUCCGAAGAAGCAGCGCCGUCCGCUUUCGCUUGUUAGCGAGGGUAAACCACUGCCGGCUAUUGCCGAAAUCACCGAGCUGGUCUCGCUCAGCGACAAUUCGCCGAAGACCUUUAAGCUAGCGCCUUAUGGCCUCGCGGCCAAGAAUAACAAUGCAACUGCCGAGGACUACAAGAUCGAUCCAGAUAUAAUACGCAAGGCCGAGGAUCUGCUGGGCAAGGCCAGUCUGGAUAAUCCCGAUCUGACCGUGACCAGCCUGAACUACAUCGAUGAGCAGCAGCAAUUGCAGCACCAGCAGAAUGGACGCAAGCUCCAGGAGUGCUUCAAGCGUGUCCAAUCGCCCAAGGAGGAGCGCAAGACGGACACAGUGGACAACGUCAAUGGCAAUGCCAGUGCGAAUGCUAACGCUAAUGUCAAUGUUAAUGCCAAUGUCAAUGCUAAUGCGAGUACAGCUGCCAAUGCUACCAACAACAAUUUGCAGGUGGUGCAAAGUGCCGGCAGCUUGGAUCUAAUGAUCAGCACCACAUUGUCGCCAAACUCGAGCAAGGUGCCGCUCAUCGAGAGCAAGGAGGCGCUCAAUGAGCAGGAGGAGGAGUUUAAGCGUGCAGCGGGUCGACGUGCCAGUAGCAGCCAGGAAACCCAGGAGGUGUCCAUGCUCUUCUCGUUCCUUCAAAUCUUGACGGCCACCUUUGGCAGCUUUGCGCAUGGCGGCAACGAUGUUAGCAACGCCAUUGGACCACUCAUCGCUCUCUAUAUGAUCUAUCGCGAGGGCUCCGUAAUGCAGAAAGCAGAAAGUCCCAUUUAUAUAUUGAUCUACGGCGGCAUUGGCAUCUCCGUGGGUCUCUGGCUGUGGGGACGCAGGGUCAUCGAAACCAUUGGCAAUGACCUAACAAAGAUCACCUCAUCAACAGGCUUUACCAUUGAAAUAGGCGCCGCCAUCACCGUACUGCUGGCCAGCAAAAUUGGUUUGCCCAUUUCGACGACACACUGCAAAGUGGGUUCGGUGGUUUUCGUGGGUCAUGUGAGUGCAGCGGGUCGCAAGAGCGAACGUAAGGAGCACGAGAAGGAGCUGGGCGGGCCAUUGGAGGAGCAGCAUGCAGCAGCACCGCCAGCUGCUGGGGAAGCCAUGGAGGAUGGCAGCGUCGAUUGGCACUUGUUCCGGAACAUCGCCUACGCCUGGAUAGUCACGGUGCCGGUGACAGCGAUGCUUAGCGCUGGAAUGAUGUACGUACUCUGCGCCCUGGUCGUGAAUGAUGUGGAUCCAGUUUAAAGAGGCUAACUUUAAUAAGCGUCGUCAUUCAAUUAUUAAUUGUAAAAGUAAAUUAAUGUUUCGUAAUUGUACCAGUUGAUAAAGCAAAACAAAAUGAAAAACGUACGAAAAAA